UGUUGUUAUCAUUAGUAUUGGUGAUUAACGGCUCACGUAUCUAUCAUGAAAAGUACUGGUUCAUUGAUUUCAUACUUAAAAUAAUCAUGUUAGAAAGCCUAGGGAUUUCAAACACCGAUGACUUAUACCACCGGAUAGAGCGUUAUUUUCUCUACAAAACAAGGUAUUUUGGGGCUUCCGGUCUUCUUUGAUAACAAUUGAAAUGCUUUGAAAUGCUUAGGUUUUCUGAAAACCGAAAAAUGUCGGACUUCCGUUAGACACCACGUCAAGAUUCAGGAAAUUUUCAAAUGUGAUAUUCUUAUUCAAAAUUGAAUUUCCUUUCGAAUGAGGUAGGUCUUCACGUUUGCACCACACCUUCAUGUAAUGAUGGUAGGAUACCGAAAGACUUACCCUAUCUAAAACACAGUGUUCUAGUUUAAUCAUAUCUAUUGGUGUCAUGUUUAUCGUUUCUGUUCUUUCGUCCGUCGUGAUCUAAACAUGACAUGUAGAGUAUAGGUCAUAAUCAGCAGUUGGAGGAUCGAUGAGUUCGAAUUUCGUAAAAUUGAUUAUUUAAUUUCCUAGAUGCUGCUACAUCGGCUGAACUUUUGAUGUUUUGUUUGAUACAAUCUUCUAAGUUAAACUUGAACUAAAAAUAUGUCUUAAAAGAAAAUCGUUUUUUCUAGCAGAACUAUCUGGAAAACCAUUGUUUUCGUGACGAACGCAUGUACCUUUUCGUUUCCUGCUAUAGUAUCAGAGAACUACUUGUCAGGACGUAACGCGGUGAUACAUUUUCAGCGUCACUGUUUAUGUUCUCCUACUUCUGGACAUCAGUAAAAGCAUGUGUUGCAUUACUCUAUAGAUCUCGGUCAGACCCCUGCAGGUUGAUCCUAACCUAACCUAAGGUUGCAAAAGCUAUAGAUUAGGUUAGGAUUAGGUUGCAAAAGUUAUAGGCUAGGUUAGGCUAUAGGUUGUUCUAUUUUUGUUUUCAAUGGUUAGGUUAGGAUUAGGUUGUAAAAUUUUUUAUAGGUUAGGUUAUAGAUUGGCAAAUAUUGGCAACCUGCAGGGCUCUGAUCUCGGUGGCUUCUAUAAAGUUUUGACUUACCGCUUAUCAUUCAAAUACAACAGCGUUUUUAGCUAUCACAUGGGACUAUUAUAAUAUCAGAUCUAAAUUUCAACCGGGAGUCUAAUUGGCGAUCUACAAUCGAAAAUUAAGGUACCACGAUAAGUUGUAGAUCUACGCUUGUUCGACAUAUAGGUUACGAAAAAUUUAUUGCCAAAGAAAGCGCUAUUUUAUGUGAAGACUGAAUCUAUUAGUUUUCUCUAUUUAGUUGUGCUCAUUCUGUAAGACUUUUGUUUUAGGUUGAUGCUUUAGCUCGUUCUCAGCACUGGGAUGAAGCACAGUCAGUUAUAGAAAAUUAUGAAAAAACGAAUGAACGUAAUAGUGUUAUGUGGACCACAUUACUUGGUGCAUGUCGAAUAUACAAAGAGGAGACAAAAGCAAAAGAAAUUUAUGAUAAAAUAAAUGAAAUGAAAAAUAUCAGUAACAACCGUCGUGCAUCUGUUAGUGUUUUAUUAUCAAAUACAUAUGCGUCAGUAGGGAAAUACGAUAAAGUUGAAUCGAUUCGACAGAAAAUGGCUGAUGAAAAUUUAAAAAAGAUCCCAGGCAUGACAUACAUAGAAAUAGAUGGUGUUAAUCACUCAUUUUAUGCACAUGAUAAAUCUCAUCCAAAAUCGAAUGAAAUCUAUAAUGAAUUAGAUAAAUUACAACAAGAGUUAAUUGAUUAUGGGCAUACAUUUGAUUAUAACUCAAUAACUCGUCGUGUUAAAACAGAGCAUGGAGAAACUUCAUUAUCUGUUAUAAUGGGCCAUAGUGAAAAACUGGCGAUAGCUUAUGGACUUAUAUCAACUAAAGAAAACGAGCCAUUAUUUAUAACUAAAAACCUAAGAGUAUGUCCAGAUUGUCAUGAAGCGACAAAACUUAUAUCUAAAAUUCGUCAACGUGAAAUAAAUGUUCGAGAUUCUAAUCGAUUUCAUAAAUUUAAAAAUGGACAAUGCUCAUGUAAUGAUUUUUUUUAA